AUGUCCUCGCGAUUAAGCUUCACCAUCAAUAAGGUGUUUCACAACCAUGGUGGCAAGAAGAAAACGAGAGGAGAGGCGUCGGACAGCAUCAAUCGCAGCCACAGCUCCGAGAAAUCUCAGAAUGCCGUUCCCUACGCCGGAACGCCAAUUCCACAACACGUGGCCGUGGCGGCGGCGCAGGACCUGCGCCCAGAUUCUCCGCUGCGCCUAGGCUCACCGUCGAUUGCGGCGAUUGGUGAGGCCACGCUUAAGAAGAUCGUGAAGCGCGCGUUCUACGGCGAGGGGUCAGGCGCGCCGCCGGGGAGGCUGAAGGAGGUCCCGACAGAGAUGCUGGCGUUCGAAAUCGGCAGCAUCAUGCGGCGCAUGCUCGAAAUCUACGACUCCAUGGCGGAAAAGAUGCUCUCGUCGCUGCGCUCCAACCUUCAGGCUCCGGGAGUGGUCACGCUCAUUUCCAAUGACCUUCGGGUGCUCUGGGGCCUCGCAGGGUACGAGAAGCACGAGGAGCUGCGCGUGGUGGCGGCGCGCGUGGCGGUGCUGGGGCGCAAGGGCGCGGACGUGCGGCUGCGGCGGCUGGAGCGCGUGUUGGCGCACCUGGACUCGCCCGACGCCAACUACAAGGACUUCGCCGUCUCCUCCGCCGAGGGCGAGGUGCUCCUCAGGUUCAUGCGCGAGCAGGCGGAGGCGACCAACACGCUCAAGGCGGAGAUGGAAGCCAUUCAGCUGCUGCACUCCCGCAUUCAGGAGUACGGGGAGUGGAAUUCGCUGCAGGAGAUGGUGACUCAGGGCAAGCUGGUGGAGAAGCUGCAGGGCCACUGCCUCUGGGCCUACAACCUCGACUACCUCGUGCAGCUGCUGGUGGUGGCGGCGUGCUACGUGCGCAAGAAGAUCUUCGCGUCGUUCGGCCACGGCAUGUGCCCCGCGCGCAUCCGCGCAGCAUCGCUGGGCGAGGCGGGGCUGGCGCUGCACUACGCAAACGUGGUGGUGCUGCUGGAGAGGAUCAUCCAGCAGCCCGACGCCGUGCUCGGCCCCACGCGCGACGAGCUCUACGACAUGCUACCGCGCUCCAUCCAGUACCUGCUGCGCGUGCAGCUGCAGGACCCGCUCAACUUCACGGCGGACGGGCGCGUGGAGGCGAACCUGAAGCGCGGGCUGCUGCUGCUGCCCACCAUGGCGCACAACACCAUUCACUGGCACUCCCUGCACACGCCCGGCGCCGCUCUUGACUUCGGCGAAAUGGUCUUCCAAGUGCAGACGUUCUACUACGCGAAUCGCGAGGCGGUGAACGCGACGCUGGUGGACGUGCUGCUGGGGCUGUGCCGCAUCUGCGGCGUGGAGGCGCCCAUCGGCAGCAUCUCCCUGCACGCGCCCGCCACCGCCGACUACUCGCUCGCGCUCGCGCGCUCCCAGGAGGAGGACGAGCGCGGCUUCCGCCGGCAGUGGGGCAUGGAGGCGCGCGAGGAGGACUGGUUCGGUGGGCAGGUCUUCAAGGUCGCGGACGAGCGCCGCGCGCCGCGCAGGGACGCCGCGCAGGGGGGUGCGCAGCAGGGCGCGCACGCUGGGGGGUUCGCGGAGGGCGGGGGAUACGGGGGAGGCGGGUACGGUGGUGGGAGCGAGGGGCAGUUCAGCGGGGACGGGUACGGCGAGCAGGGCGGGCAGUGGCAGGUGCAGGGCGGGGGGAUGGACGGCAGGGGGGACGGACGAGCAGCAGCGGCGGCAGGGAGCAUGGGAGGGGGGGCGUUUGCGCGGGUGCGGGUGGGGCAGGAGGAGGGUCGGGGGGCGUCAAUGGAGCGGCGCAGCGGCAGCUGGGUGUCGGACGCGUCCACGGACGACAACACCACCUUCGGCGCCUCCUCGCCCUCCCUCUCGCUCUCCGAGGCCGGCAGCGCCUCCAGCGCCAAGCCCACGCGCGGGCGCUCCUCGCGCCUGUCGCGGGAUCCGUCGCUGUCCACGGACGGCCCCUCCACGCCCUCCAGCCUCGCCUCUGACCACAACGGCUAUGCUGCCGAGGGCCCGGGCGCAGGGGAUGGUGGGGGUGGGGGCAGGGGUGGGCAAGGUGCAGCAGCCCCGCCGGCGGGGAGGAAAGCGAGCCGCACGUCCAGCCGUAAGGGCAGCAGCGGUAGCAAUAACGGCUCUGAUCGCCCCUCCACUCCGCCCAUUGCCGGCGUCGGUGUCAUCAUCGCCGUCUCCCUCGUCCGUGCCGCGGCAGGUGAGCGCGGACGCCCUGUCGGUGGGGUCCAACGACAGCGACGGCCGUUGGUCCUCGUCGCUCUCGCGCCGCUCCUCUCGCUGGGCGGGCGUGGUGGGCUUUGGCAAGUCCAAGUCGUCCCGCCUGCCCGAGGGGCCCCGCCCAUGCCGCCACCGCCCGCGGUGGUUGGGGGGGCGCAGGAGAGCGUGGCGGGCAGCAGCGUGGAGGAGGGGGGGGCGGUGGCGGGGGAGAAUCCGUACGACGACCCGGCGUUUGCGGGGCUGGACACACCGACGCUGCGCAAGGCGAUGCAGAGCGGCGGGCUGGUGGGGUGCUUCACGGGGGGAGCUUAA